AUGUCUAAAAUUAUUUAAUUGAAAAACUAAAAAUACUUUGAUAAAAUAAAAAUUUAUAGAAGCAUAUAUUUAGAAUUAUGUUAACAGCAACAAAACAUUUAAAGAGUGGAUGAUUAGAAUUAAAGUANAAGUGUUUUAUAGUAAAUCUAAAAUAAAUGUCUGUUUAAUUUUGAUUUAUUAAAUUUUUUCCCAUAGAGUAAUAACUUAUUUAGUUAUAAAUUUACAAGUACAGAAAAUGGAGAAGAAUCAUAUAAAGAUAAUUAGGGUUAAUGGGAACUUAAAAAAUCUUAAAAUGAUAUAGUUAAAAAGUAUAUUUUUAUUGUUUAUCCAAAAACAUAAAGAACUAUUGAAUUUAGAGAUAUUGUGAUAAAUUAAUAAGGAAAAAUAGAUGAAAAUAAUAAUGUCACAGUGAUCUAUCCUGAUUAGAAUCAUAAAUAUGAAGGUUAGAUAAAUAAUAGUUUUAAAUAUUUUGGUAAAGGAAAGUUAACAUAAAAUGGAAUUAUUAAAGAUGGAAUGUGGAGAGAUGGUCUACUUUAAGGGGAAGGAAAUAUUAUAGAAAAUGGUAAAGAAAUAUAUUUUGGAUUUUUUAAAGAUGGAUUAAAACAUGGAUAAGGAACAGAAUUAUUGAUUUCAGACUUUUAGUAUUAAAUUCUUUUAUUUUAGUUAUCAGGGUCAAUUUGAAAAAGAUGAAAAACAUGGUUAAGGUAAUAUUGUAAAAAAAGUGGGUGAUCAAUUUUUAACAAUUGAAGAAAAUGUUAAAUGGAAAAAUGGUUAAUCUUAAAAUGAUGUUUGCAAUAUAUAUUGA